AUGUUAUCAACUUCUCGUUCUCUCCGCUCGGCGGCGGAGUCCUCUUCUUUGACUCUUCGCCCGAGUAAAGAAGUAAUGAAGGUUGGAAACUGGGUGGACUUCCUGCCGCUUGAUAUCUCUUUGGAAAUUCUGCAAAAGGUUGGGACCAUUGACAAGUUGAUGAAUAUCCAGAAAGUAAGUGAGUUUUACUUGUUGGUUGUUUGUCGAACUGACACUUUGAAAGAUUGUAUAUUUAGGGGAAAUCAGUUGAAAAGUGUUCGACUUGUAAAGUGCUUGAACCUUUUUAAUGAGGGGUUAAUUGAAGCUGUUAAAAAGUUGCCAUACUUGGAAGAGCUUCACAUUUAUUAUGGGAAAAUCACAUAUGUAGGUCUGGAACUUGUUGGUCGCAAUUGCCCAGGUUUAAAAUCAUUGACAUAUAAUAUAAAAGGUAUGUUCCCUCCUGUAUAUUUUGAUUAUGAUGACGACGAUGGACACUAUUCUAGUAAUGAAGCAUUUGCUAUAGCAAGAAGCAUGCCUGAGCUUCGUCACCUUAGCCUAUUUGGGAAUCAAAUGUAUAACGAUGGUCUGGAAGUUAUACUCGACUAUUGUCCUCAUCUUGAAUCGCUUGUCCUCAUCUUGAAUCACUUGAUCUUAGGCAAUGUUUUAGAGUUGACCUUAAGGAAUGUGAAGAAUUGA